GUUUUUCGCUCCAUGCGGUCGUACAAACUAGACAAACCCGCAUUGCUAUGCAUUACUUAUAUUUCCAAAAGUUUCUUUGAGGAUUUUUCUUCCAUUUUCUCACCAACCAAACAACUCGUUUUUAACAAAUCCUUAUUCUUUUCUUCUUGAUUUUGGAAAUGUGGGUGUGUAUUUAAUUUCAUAAAACUAAACCCACAAAACAAUUCGUAUAAUCAUUUUUCCAUCCAUUUUGUGUUUUUGUGAGAGUGGGACGAAAUGAGCGGACCAUCGAGUUCAGGUGGCAAAGAAGGAUCAACGCAUUCCAAAAAGCAUCAUUCCAGGAAACCCAAAUAUUCUAAAUUCUCGCAGCAAGAGCUUCCUGCUUGCAAACCAAUUUUAACUCCUGGAUGGGUAAUAUCAUCAUUUAUCUCUAUUGGCAUUGUAUUCAUCCCUCUUGGCCUUUCUUCCCUGUUUGCAUCUGAGCGUGUGGUGGAAAUAGUGGACCGCUAUGAUGAAGCUUGUGUUCCUUCUAAUUUUACCAAAAGUAUGAAGAUUUCAUUUAUUCAGAACAACCAAUCUGACAAGUCAUGUACUAGGAGCUUGACUGUUCCAAAGGAUAUGAGAAGUCCAAUUUAUAUCUAUUAUCAACUUGAUAAUUUCUAUCAGAAUCAUCGCCGAUAUGUUAGAAAUAGAAGCGACAAACAAUUGCGUAGCAAGGAGGAUGAAGAUGAGAUCGAUGAGUGUAAACCUGAAGAUUCUGCAAAUAACCGUCCAAUUGUUCCCUGUGGCCUCAUUGCCUGGAGUUUGUUUAAUGACACCUAUUCAUUUGCAGUGAAAACAAUUGGACUUGAUGUUGACAAAAAAAAUAUUGCAUGGAAAAGUGACCGGGAGCAUAAAUUUGGCUCUGAUGUUUUUCCUAAGAAUUUCCAGACUACAGGUUUGAUCGGUGGUGCAAAACUAAACGCUAGCAUACCUUUGAGUGAACAAUCAGAUCUUAUUGUUUGGAUGCGAACUGCAGCAUUGCCGACAUUCAGAAAGCUAUAUGGAAGGCUGAAUGUGGACCUUUCGGCUAAUGAUGUGAUAACAGUUACUAUACAGAAUAAUUAUAACACUUACAGUUUUGGAGGCAAAAAAACGCUGGUACUUUCAACCACUAGUUGGAUUGGUGGUAAGAAUGAUUUCCUAGGCAUUGCAUAUCUUAUUGUUGGCGGAAUGAACUUGUUCUUGGCUAUACUCUUCAUACUUGUGUACGUCUUCAGGCCAAGGCCUCUUGGAGAUCCAUCCUACUUGUCUUGGAAUAAGAAUCCAUCAGGACUGAAGAGCUAGGGAUAUUUUUGUCUUACAUCCUACUUUUUUUGUCCGGAAAAUGUAGUUUUUUUUUUUUUUUUUUUUUUUUUUUUUUUUUUAACCAUUGGGCAAACCAAAUUGAGGCUUUUCUGUAUGGAAACCACUGCAAACUCGACUGUGUGUUAUAAAGCACCGCAGCUGUCUCCUGGUUCCAGUAUUUUGUAUUACAAUAUAUAUAUAUAUAUAUAUAUACACAAACACACACACUCGUAGAUGUUCUCUCUCCUUAUAGAACAAGAUAGAGAUAACCAUCUUAAGUUACUUUUAGAGUUUCCCUUCAAUGAGUAUAGAAAGUUACUCCUCAAAAGAGAGAGAACAAUAGGACCUUUUAAUUAAAAUAGUAUUUUAUAUAAAUAAUAUUAAUAAGUUUAUGUCAACAAUAUUAUUAUUAUAUAUAUAUAUAUAUAUAAAUGUUUUGCCUUC